AUGUCCGAAAACGAGACCGAAAGACUUCAACAGGAGAUAGCACAACUACGGCGUGAGACAGCACAAGCACGGCGUGAGGCAGCACAAGCACAGCGUGAGGCAGCACAAGCACAGCGUGAGGCAGCACAAGCACGGCGUGAGGCAGCACAAGAGCGAGGCAAGAACCAGAAGACCACGCUCGAGGAAUACCUAUACAACUGCCACUUCCACCUCUAUCAGAAGCUCAACCUCGCCAAUCUAUCCCGGUGUACAACCGGAAACACCAGCGUGGAAGGGAAAUACUACCCAAAGCGGCUAUGUCGUUGGCACGAAUUCGAGAAUACACAUUUACAACGGCACUUUAAGGUGAUUCAGUCAGCAUGUAAUGGCAGGCGCCUCUUUCACCAAGAAUCCACAACCAUAGAUCUGGGGUGGUCUGUCUUUCGAAAGCGGGCAAGCAGCGAAAACGACGUCGACAAUUUUGAGAAGAAUGCUGUGGAAGAUCAUGUCUGGGAAAUCCUGCGGCCCGUAUGGGACGAUAUGGACCUACGCACAGAAUACCAGUGUUCGCAGAUACGCUUUAGCAGUAACCGCCGCGAUAUGAUGGCAGCAAUACAUCAAGGCCCGUCCGCCAUAGCACAGGAAUUUGUUGAGGAUAGCCAGGGGCGACGGCGACGGCGACGAAUUGAACCGAGCGAGCGGAUGGCAUCCGAGGAAAAAGUCAAGUCACCCCCAACGAGGCCUGACGGAUGGGGCAUCCGCACACAUCCAGACGGAGACGAGAGUCAUGCUUUCGCCUUUGAAUACAAAGCUGCACACAAGAUCUCGCCGGAGUCGGUCAAAGCUGCCGUAGCAAAGGAGACAUUUUUCAUGGAGGUUAUUCAGCGAAUCUGCAGCGACAAGGUCAGCACAGAUGAAGCACGGGAAAAUGAGAAAAUGGAAGAGGCCAUUGCCAUGGCAUUAACACAAGUCUUCGACUACAUGGUCCGAUACGAGGUUGCCUACGGCUACGUGGCCGCCGGCAAGUCUUUGCUGUUACUGCAUGUUGACAGAGCCGAUCUGCAGACGCUAUAUUGCCAUACUUGCUUGCCCGAAGAAGACGUGGGGGCGGUACCUGACGGGGCCUUGACCGACGAUACGCUGAUGCACACGGCGGUCGCUCAAUUGGCCAGCUUUUUCUUGUUGAGCCUGCGGUCGGAGGCUCUUCGGGGAGCCUCGCUCGAAGCGGCGUCGCAGAGAGCCUCAGCCACAUUGAAGCCGUGGCCGGAGCCGUACGAAGAUGCGGCCUGUGUUGUGGAGGUAGAGAAGACCGAUUCGUCAAGCGACUCGUCACAGGAAACAGGUUCCCGCUACACACCUAGUGUGAGCCCGACCCCUCGAAAAACUCGGUCCAGGUCGUCCUGCAAAGCCACCGACUUAACCACAGAGGGCGACGACGAAGACGAAGACAACGGACCGGAUAGGGGGCCAACUCGGCAUCAACCAACAGUGGAGACCAACAAUAAGCGUAAGGAUGGCCCGUCAAGCAGCAGCUCAAAGGGCGAGAGUACUGAGAUAUCCUUCUCGGUACCUAGCAGGCAGUACUGUACUCAGGCGUGCUUGCUCGGCCUCAAGCGAAGCAUGGAUCUCGAUAAUAACUGCCCAAAUGUGCAACUACACCGAACUCGAGAAGGAUACAGCCGGCAUCCCAUCGACGCUAAAGCCUUCACCCACCUAAUAAGUCAGCAGCUACGCCAGAAUCCGUAUCAUAAAUGCGACGCAUUGGACCGGUCGGGCAAGAGGGGGUCGGUCGGGGUGCUCUUUAAGCUGGAGCUGGAGCCUUAUGGCUACACGCUAGUAGGCAAAGGGGCAUUGUCAGGCCGUCCGUAUGACUUGGAGCACGAGGGUACCAUCUACGCUAGGCUCGACAGGCUCCAGGGCUAUGUUGUGCCUGUGCACCUAGGGCUUGUGGAGCUAGAGUGGGGACACCUUAUUGCUGGCGGCAUCCGAGUCUUUGAUAUAAUGCUGAUGUCUUGGGGUGGGGAGAUGGUAUUGAAAGCAGAGUUGCCGGGCCUUGCGAGGGAGGCGCAGUGCUCGUUGCAGGCGGUCUGGGCGGAGGGCGUUGAUCAUUGUGACGAGCGGGCUCCCAACCAGUUAUGGAACGCGGAACGACAGCAGGUUAUGAUCAUUGACUUUGACCGGGCUACCCUGCGGCCUAAACCGCAAAACAAACUACUACUUACAACAAAAGGGACGAAGAGGAAACAAACUGGAGGUGGUUCUAGACACAGCCAGAGGCGUCGCUUGAUUGAUAGUCAGACUUAG